AUGUCCGGCUCAUCACCAUGGAACGUAGAACCCCUCUCCUUCGCGCCCAACACCAACGCCAUGGACGAGAAGUCCAUGCCUUCCGACAAAGCGGCCGCAGCUCGCGUCAAGUCCGCUCUGGUCAUGGACGCCGUCAAGCGAGGAGACAUGAAAGAAGCGGAUCGGCUGAUGGGCGAGCAAAAGGAGACCGGCACGAAGGGUCUUGUGCCGAUGCAGUGGGCGAGGGAUAUAUUUAAAGGGAAGAAGGGGAAGGAUCAGCCUGAGAUUUUGCAAGGGAAGGAUAUGGAUGGCGAAGAGAGUGUGUACAGUGUGGACGCGGAGAAGGGAAAGGUCGGCGCGAACUGUUCCCAACGCAGCCGAGAUGCAACAGCCAUAAUCAAGCACGCCGAUUUCCCUUCACUUCACCUCCCUGCACUCCACUCCACCGCCCACACUCAAACAAACACCACCCCACCCCCGGAUCACAAUGGCCUCACAAACAACCCCCCCAUCUUCAUAUCCCGCGAACUCAGCAUAACCCACCUCCACCCCCGCGAACCCUCCUGGUCCCACAUCUCCCAAGUAAAGCGCGCAAUCGCCUUCUACGACGCCAACGAACCGCAAAAGAUGCGAGACCUGCGCCCGCGACAUCUUAAACGACCGGAGACUCGCCCCACACCCGACGCAUACACGCAAAACAUCCACCGCUAA